CUCGCGGCGGGGCUCCUCCCCCGUGCCCCCGCGCAGCCCCAGGUUCCCCCCGGUCGAGACCCCGUGCCAUCCUAGUGGUUGGGAGUUGGCUCUGGACCUCCGCAGGCGACCCCCGUGCGCUCCUCUCCGUGCACCUGCGGCGGUGUGCGUGCGUGCGUGUGGUCCCCGCUGGCGUCUCCUAGGGUGCGGCUCCUGCCCCAGCCUCGCCCCCCGCUGCUUCUCUAGGCCUCGCCACGUCCCCCACUCGCCAUGUGCGCUCCCUGGCAGGGGCCUCGGCCGGGUCCCGCAGGACAAGCUCCUGCUCUGAGCGGACGUCCAGGGUUUGAGUCCAUCUAGGGAAAAAGCCGCCAGUCCGUCCGGGGCUCCUGCCCGCCUCCAAGGCGGCGCUCGCUCUGCAUCCCUCGGCCGUGGACUAGGCGUCUCGGGCCAGCCUCCGGGCGGCGGCGGGCCAGCUGGUUUGCUUCAGGCGGCCCCGGCCCCCCCAGGGCUGUAACCCGAGCCGCCCGCCGCCACCUCCCCGCUGGCUCCCUCCUCGCCGUGCUCAGCCCCGCGCCGCGGCGCCCCGACAGCCGGCGCAGACGCCAUGCAGCGCGGGGCCAGCGCGCCCGCGGCCACGCCGGGGCUCCCGGGCCGGGGCGGCCAGCGGCCCGCCUGGCUGGGCGCCUUGUGCCUGCUCCCUGCGCUCCUGCUGCUGGCGCGGCUGGGGCUGCCGGCCACCCCGAGCGCGGUGCAGGAAGAUGUGACUUCGCCGUCCCCCACGGGGGUCUCGGGCCCACCGCCCCCACAGGCGCCCCGCAGACGUCGCUACACGCUGACGCCAGCCCGGCUGCGCUGGGACCGCUUCAACCUCACCUACAGGGUCCUCUCCUUCCCUCGGAACCUGCUGAGCCCCAGCGAGACCCGGCGGGGCCUGGCCGCAGCCUUCCGCAUGUGGAGCGAGGUGUCCCCCUUCAGUUUCCGAGAGGUUGCCCCGGAGCAGCCCAGUGACCUUCGCAUAGGCUUCUACCCCGCCAACCACACGGACUGCCUGGCCUCGGCGCUGCACCACUGCUUCGACGGGCCCACCGGGGAGCUGGCCCACGCCUUCUUCCCCCCGCACGGCGGCAUCCACUUCGAUGACAGCGAGUACUGGAUCCUGGGCCCCACGCGCUACAGCUGGAAGAAAGGUGACGGUCGGCUGCUUCCUGGGGCCCCUCCGGGGUGGGCACCGGUGGGCGCGCCCAGGGAAGGGCAGGCAGGGAGACUGGGCGGCGGCGGGCCCGGGUCCCAAACGCCAGGUCCCGCCCGCCCCCGCGCCCCGGCGGGGGCGGAGCUGCAUUCCUGGGGGCCGAGCUCACAUCCUUAUCUCCUGCCCGAGCGUUCCCAGCGCAGCUGCGCGCAGGGGACGCCUGUCCUGACCCGGCCUGCAGGCGUGUGGCUCACCGACCUGGUGCACGUGGCGGCGCACGAGAUCGGCCACGCGCUGGGCCUGAUGCACUCGCUGCAGGGCCGCGCGCUCAUGCACCUCAAUGCCACGCUGCGCGGCUGGAAGGUGCUGUCGCAAGACGAGCUGUGGGGGCUGCACCGGCUCUACGGCUGCCUGGACCGGCUGUCCGUCUGCGGCUCCUGGGCCAGAAAGGGCUUCUGCGCAGCCCGCCAGAGGCUGAUGAAAAGGCUCUGCCCCAGCAGCUGCGACUUCUGCUACGAGUUCCCCUUCCCCACGGAGGCCGCCACCCCACCCCCGCCCAGGACCAAAACCAGGCUAGUGUCAGAGGGCAGGAACAUGACCUUCCGCUGUGGCCAGAAGAUCCUGCACAAGAAGGGCAAAGUGCACUGGUACAAGGACCAAGAGCCCCUGGAGUUCUCCUACCCUGGCUACCUGGCGCUGGGCGAGGCGCACCUGAGCAUCAUUGCCAACGCCAUCACAGAGGGCACCUACACGUGCGUGGUGCGGCGCCAGCGCCGGGUGCUCACCACCUACUCCUGGCGCGUGCGUGUGCGCGACUCAUAAAGUACUUCCUGUCGCAGUCUCGCCUCGUUUUUGGGAGAGGCGCUCCUGGGGCCAGGACACCAGAACCCCCCCACCACUGGGGCGACCAUACCAGGCAGGGAAGAGCUUUCCCUGACUGUUCCUGGGAAGUGGAGUUAACUGUGACCUGGUGUUGGGGGUGGACAGGGCACCCACCUCCCCCUCAACACCCC